AUGGCCAGUUCUCGACCAGUGAUUAUGCCACAUGAACCCAGGAACGACUCGUGCGACAGCUCCUGCCAAGGCAUCCGAGACCAGCAAACAGGCCAACGGGGGGACACGUAUGAGACAACUAUCGUCCAACUGCGCGUGCGAGUCGACGACAGCGACGACCUCGUGCCUCGUGAGACUCUGCUGGACUUUGAGUGCGAUUGGACGCCAGGCAUUGGCGGCUCGAUUUGGACGAGUGGGGAGCUGCUGGCUGCGUAUUUGGAGCUGCAACGCGCUUCGUACCGGUCAGUCUUCCACGGCGCUUGUGUCGUGGAGCUCGGCAGUGGCACCGGUUAUGUCGGGCUCAUGGUCGCGGCCUGUUUUCGACCGGCACACGUGUACCUGACCGACUUGCACUCGCACGUCCAUGGCUUGCGUCGCAAUGUCAAGCGCAACGCUGGUGCAAUGCGGUCCGAUGUACAGGUGCACGUCUCGGAGCUGAGCUGGGGGUCGUCCGAGCAGCAGACAACUUUGCUGGAGACGAUCGCCUCGAGGACUACUGGAGGCACUGAGCACUCGGGCGCAGCUCAGGUGGAUGUCAUUGUAGGCACUGAUGUGGCGUACUUGCAGGAACUGUACGACCCCUUGCUGCAGACGAUCAACCGCUUGGCCACGUCGCGCACAGUGAUUCUGCUGGGCUUGAACCGCGACGACACGGGGGUCGCGUUCUUUCAACAACUGGAGCGAGACGGGUUUGAGUACUAUCGCAUCCCAGACGCUAAGCUGCCACAGGAGUACUGGGGCCGCGACUUUGGGCUGUUUGACAUUCGUCGACGACACGACUGCGUGUAG